CCACUAUUCCCACUACUAGCUUUGUUGUUUGAAAAAUGUGAACAGUCCACACAAGGCUCAGAGGGAACAACUUCUGCCAGUUUUGAUGUGGACAUUGAGAACUUCGUCAGGAAACAGGAAAAAGAAGGGAAACCCUUCUUCUGUGAGGAUCCGGAAACAGAUAACUUAAUGGUGAAAGCAAUCCAGGUCCUGCGCAUUCAUCUUCUUGAGCUGGAAAAGGUGAAUGAACUCUGCAAAGAUUUCUGCAGUCGCUACAUUGCCUGUCUGAAGACAAAGAUGAACAGCGAGACCCUGCUGAGCGGGGAGCCUGGGAGCCCCUACUCCCCUGUGCAGUCCCAGGUUCAAAGCGCCAUCACAGGCACCCUCAGCCCCCAGGGAAUUGUGGUACCAGCCUCUGCCCUGCAGCAGGGAAAUGUAACCAUGGCAACGGUGGCAGGUGGCACAGUGUACCAGCCUGUCACCGUGGUCACUCCGCAAGGCCAGGUGGUCACGCAGGCCUUGUCGCCAGGGACAAUUAGGAUCCAGAACUCCCAGCUCCAGUUACAGCUGAACCAAGAUCUCAGCAUUCUACACCAAGAUGACAGCUCGUCCAAGAACAAGAGGGGCGUCCUGCCAAAGCAUGCCACCAACGUGAUGCGGUCCUGGCUCUUCCAGCACAUUGGGCAUCCUUACCCAACAGAAGAUGAGAAAAAGCAGAUUGCUGCUCAGACAAAUCUGACACUACUCCAAGUGAACAACUGGUUCAUCAAUGCUAGAAGACGAAUUCUCCAGCCAAUGCUGGAUUCCAGUUGCUCAGAGACCCCGAAAACAAAGAAAAAAACGGCUCAGAACAGGCCGGUUCAGAGGUUUUGGCCUGACUCAAUCGCUUCCGGCGUGCCGCAGCCGCCUCCAAGUGAGCUCGCCAUGUCAGAAG